AAAGAAAGAAACUUAACUUAGCCUGCUGCUGCACUCCAGAGCUAGACAGUUUGCCUGCUUCUGCAAGAUGUAUACUUUCCUUUUCCAGGGCCUCAGGGUCCCCACCUAUGAUAUAUAUUUCUUUAAAGCUUCCCCCGCUUUAACACUUACUAAUGUCUUCAUUAUUGUCUUCAUCCUGUAGUUCCUCACUUUAACAUACAGUAUGCUUCCCUAUCCUCUACCACAUCUUUGUCUCCAACCCCUGCCUACUUGAGUGUUCUUACCAUUAACAUACCCUACCUCAGGUACCACAGGUUUGACUUGCUGUGAUCUCUGCACACCGAACAGGCACUGUCCUGGUCUUAUUUGAGGUCUGUUAGGACUAAGCAUGCUGACCAGUCUGUCCUCUGCAGUGAUCCUUGGUCACCAGGGAACCUUGGUCUCUCUCCUGGCUCCUUAGUUAUUGCUCUCUUCUCAGUCAUUCAUAAGCACCUUUGAUGGGAACAUCUUUGGAGAGGUGUUUUGUUAAAUUUUCAUUGAAUUAAAAACUGUUAGACCACUGCCGGUUAUAGGACAUAAAGUCAUAAUAUAGUUUGACCUUCCAGCUGUAUAGGCCUUGGGGUCAUUAGCUCUUGUUUUUGGUAGCACCUCUCAGAGUAGACUGUAAGUGAGUUUUUUAAAUGGUUUAAUUUAACCUAAACAAGCCUCUGACUUAUAUGUACCUUCAGCAAGGCAGAACCACCCCACUCAAUCCUUUUAUUGUAAGCUGCUUAUAUAGAUGAUGUUUUCUGUCCUCUUGUCCUUUUUGGAGUCCAACAUGAGUUAUUGUAGAUGCAACCAAGCUGUUACCCAUGGGCAUGGUUGUAUGUAUGUAUAUCUGCACCUGUAACUGUGUGCAUGGCAUGUGCAUGUUUCUGUGCAUGGUGUGGGAGUGUGCAUGUGUGCGUUCGUGUGCAUGUGUUUCUGCCAGUAACAUUUUUUUCUGUGGAUCUUUUGGUUUUGUGGCCAGCCUUCUGCUGAUCUGCCUUCCUUGUUGUGUCAUACCUCUGUGCAAGCAUCUUCUGUAGCAGAGCUUACUAGGAUUACAUACUUCCCUCUCUGCUAUUUCCCUCUUGGUUUUGCUGCUCUACUCCCAUGUGGUCUCCUUCCCUAGACCUCUUCAGGGCUCCAGAGUUAUGGCCUGCCUGAGCACUGAGACAGGGCUGCCUACAGCUCCCUCUUCUCCGCAGGGUGCUAGAGUGUGUCUGCAGAGAAGCUUUCUCUUCACCUUUUUUUUUCUGCUUUCCACCUCCAUAGGGUCUGCAAGCAUAGACCAUUCCGUGACACUUUCUUAUUGUCUCCAGAGCUGCUUCCACAUCUUUGUUUUGGAGAACUGUCCCAACAUCUGGUGCAGUCCUAUACCUGGUAUAGCUGUGAGUCUUCUUUAUAAGGAGAGUCACUUCCCUGUUGAUAGCUCACUAUUCUUAGCCUGGAGCUAGGCUCCAAAUGGCACCCAGAACCUUUUCUACCUUGGCUCUACCUUUCUCCUAUGUUGUCCCGCCUACCCCUCCCCCAAUACUAGCAGGCUCCCUUCCCAACAGACACCCUUCCUCUACUGGGAAUGGAUCUAUGCUGCCACUCCUGGUGACCUCAGCACGCUGCAUCACUGUCCUGUCCACGUGCCACGUUGUGGGCCCAGGAGAGGGGGUCCCUGGGUAGCAGAGUGCCUGGCUAUAUCUCUGAGGUCUCUAGUGCCACAGAGUUGAGCUGAGGGUCUCACUUGCCCUCUGACUGACCCAGCCCUUGCAGGUGGAAGAAGAAAGGUGCCACUUUGGCAUGAAGAUAGACUCACUUAGACGUCAAUCUUUUAAGCUGAGUGCAUUGUGAUUUCCAAUAAUUGAGGCAGUGGUUCUAAAAGCUGUCUACAUUAAUGAAAAGAGCAAUGUGGCCAGCUUGACUAAGCCUCCAGUGUGUACAGCGCGGGCAGGACGACACCGGGUCUCGACGGACUUGUGCAUGUUAGCAGUAUAGAUUUAUGUAAGGUGGUUUAAAACUCUGGUCUUUUAAAGUAGUCUUAACUGCUCAUAAUAUGGAGACAUAUGAGAGUCCCUCUCCUCUCCCGCGUGAGCCCGCAGGAGAAGCGAUGAUGGAGAACCGAGCUUGCCCCUUCCAAGUGCUGCCCCAUGAACAGUCUCCACCACCUCCCCUGCAAACGUCCAGUGAUGCAGAGGUAAUGGACGUUGGCUCUGGUGGUGAUGGACAGUCCGAACCUCCUGCCGACGACCCAUUCAACUUCUACGGAGCUUCUCUUCUCUCCAAAGGAUCCUUCUCUAAGGGCCGCCUCCUCAUAGACCCGAACUGUAGUGGCCACAGCCCGCGCACUGCCCGGCACGCACCUGCGGUCCGGAAGUUCUCCCCUGACCUUAAGUUGCUUAAGGAUGUAAAGAUUAGCGUGAGCUUUACUGAGAGCUGCAGGAGUAAGGACAGGAAGGUGCUGUACACAGGAGUAGAACGCAGCACUCGGCCUGAGUGUAGCCAGCUCCUUAGUCCUGUCAGUGGGGACGUGCAUGCUUGUCCCUUUGGCGGGAGUGUUGGUAAUGGGGUAGGCCUAGGGGGUGAGAGUGCAGAUAAGAAGGAUGAGGAAAAUGAGCUGGAUCAGGAAAAGAGAGUGGAGUAUGCAGUGCUCGAUGAGUUAGAAGAUUUUACUGACAAUUUGGAGCUAGAUGAAGAAGGAACAGGCGGGUUCACGGCUAAAGCAAUCGUUCAAAGAGACAGAGUGGAUGAAGAGGCCUUGAAUUUCUCUUAUGAGGAUGACUUUGACAAUGAUGUGGACGCUUUACUAGAAGAAGGUCUCUGUGCUCCCAAGAAGAGGCGAAUGGAGGAAAAAUAUGGUGGAGACAGUGAUCAUCCAUCUGAUGGAGAGACAAGUGUACAGCCAAUGAUGACCAAGAUUAAAACAGUGCUCAAAAGUCGUGGCCGUCCACCUACAGAGCCAUUGCCUGAUGGAUGGAUCAUGACUUUUCAUAACUCUGGAGUCCCUGUAUACCUGCACAGAGAGUCUCGAGUGGUCACUUGGUCCAGACCCUACUUCUUGGGAACGGGAAGCAUACGGAAACACGAUCCUCCUCUAAGCAGUAUUCCCUGUCUACAUUAUAAGAAAAUGAAGGACAAUGAGGAACGAGAACAAAACUGUGACCUUGCCCCCAGUGGAGAGGUGUCACCUGUCAAGCCCUUGGGUCGAUCUGCAGAGUUGGAUUUCCCUCUGGAAGAGCCUGACUCCAUGGGUGGAGACUCAGGGUCCCUGGAUGAGAAGGACCCAUUGGGCGCUGAGGCAGCUGCUGGAGCCCUGGGACAAGUGAAGGCUAAAGUUGAGGUGUGCAAAGAUGAAUCAGUUGAUCUGGAGGAAUUUCGUAAUUACCUUGAGAAGCGUUUUGACUUUGAACAAGUAACUGUGAAAAAAUUCAGGACUUGGGCUGAGCGUCGUCAGUUCAACCGUGAGAUGAAGCGGAAGCAGGCCGAGUCAGAGAGGCCCAUCCUGCCAGCCAACCAGAAGCUGAUCACUCUAUCUGUACAAGAUGCACCCACAAAGAAAGAGUUUGUCAUCAAUCCCAAUGGGAAGUCUGAGGUUUGCAUCCUGCACGAAUACAUGCAGCGUGUCCUCAAGGUCCGCCCUGUUUAUAAUUUCUUUGAAUGUGAGAAUCCAAGUGAGCCUUUUGGUGCCUCCGUGACCAUUGAUGGUGUGACUUACGGAUCUGGAACUGCAAGCAGCAAAAAACUUGCGAAGAAUAAAGCUGCCCGAGCCACACUGGAAAUUCUCAUCCCUGACUUUGUUAAACAGACCUCUGAGGAGAAGCCUAAAGAUAGUGAAGAACUGGAGUAUUUUAACCACAUCAGUAUUGAGGAUUCACGAGUCUAUGAGCUGACAAGCAAGGCUGGGCUGUUGUCUCCAUAUCAGAUCCUCCAUGAGUGCCUUAAAAGAAACCAUGGAAUGGGUGACACAUCCAUCAAGUUUGAAGUGGUUCCUGGGAAAAACCAGAAGAGUGAAUAUGUUAUGGCAUGCGGCAAACACACAGUGCGCGGGUGGUGUAAGAAUAAACGAGUUGGGAAGCAAUUAGCAUCUCAGAAAAUCCUUCAGCUGCUGCAUCCACAUGUCAAGAACUGGGGGUCCUUACUGCGCAUGUAUGGUCGUGAGAGCAGCAAAAUGGUCAAGCAGGAGACCUCUGACAAGAGUGUGAUAGAGCUACAGCAGUAUGCCAAGAAGAACAGGCCCAACCUUCACAUCCUGAGCAAGCUGCAAGAAGAGAUGAAGAGGCUGGCUGCAGAGCGGGAGGAGACUCGGAAGAAACCCAAGAUGUCAAUUGUAGCAUCUGCCCAGCCUGGUGGUGAGCCCUUGUGCACAGUGGAUGUAUGAGGUAGGCAGCAUGGGCCAACAGUGCUACCAGGAGACCAUCAGCCACACAUCAUCACUCUGCAGCACCAGGCCUCCAACCUAAGUUCCUUCCCUGUGGCAGUGUCUGGGCUCUGGCUCUGGCACAUGGGGACAGCUGUGACUACACAGUACACAUGCAAAGAAACAGUUCUGGACAAGCUGCUCUCAAUGUGACUGGAUAUACUUAAGGAUCAGUCAUAAGUUAACUGCACAAGUGGAAGCUGAUAGACAGCUGUAGAUCCUGCUUGUAUGUAUCUGCUGCGGACCGUUUUUAUGAAGGUUUUCAUUAAUUUUAGUACACUAUAUGCACUGACAAGAAGUAAUACUUCGUUGAUAGAUGAGAUGACCAGGUUUUAUAGCUAUGGCUGGCCUAUGAUGCCAGGUAGCCCCUUUGCUAUGGUUCUUUCUGGUGGAGCCACUGAGACUUGGUCAGAAGAUGCAGGUAUCCUGUCUUGUAGAAUUAUUACCUGCUUUGUGUGUUUCGCAUUUUCUUCUGAAAAAGUUAUAACAGAAAGGAAUAUUUCAGGCUAUUUUGGCUUAAAAUAAAACAAAAUUUUAGCACCA